CAGCCGGGGGGAAAAAUGAUAAAAUUUUUCCUCAUGGUAAAUAAACAAGGGCAGACCCGACUUUCUAAGUACUAUGAACACUUGGAGAUUAAUAAGCGUACACUUCUGGAAACAGAAGUCAUAAAGAGCUGUCUCUCUCGAUCUAAUGAACAAUGCUCUUUCAUUGAGUAUAAGGAUUUCAAGCUGAUAUAUCGGCAGUAUGCAGCUCUCUUCAUUGUGGUUGGAGUUGAUGACACUGAGAACGAGAUGGCUAUUUAUGAAUUCAUCCAUAACUUUGUGGAAGUUCUAGAUGAGUACUUCAGCCGAGUGAGUGAAUUAGAUAUAAUGUUUAAUUUGGAUAAAGUACACAUAAUUUUGGAUGAGAUGGUGCUAAAUGGCUGCAUUGUGGAAACUAACCGAGCAAGAAUUCUCGCCCCUCUACUAAUUCUUGAUAAGAUGUCAGAAAGCUGAAAAAUGGAAGAGGCCUGCCAGACAACACCCAAAAAACGUGAACGCCGUGGAAUACCUCUCAACAUCUAUUGCCCAAAAGAAUCUGGAAGACCAUACAUUGCACAACAGGGUAUCCUUGCAAAGACAUUAUAAAUAGGCAUUUUCCAGAGGUACUAAAUGGAAAACAAACUGUACUUUAAAAUAUGAUGUACAAAGAAAAUUUUAAACUGAGAAACAAGUUUUAUUUUCUAACUUUUUAAAGCAUUUUUUCCCCACUGCUUCAAAUUUUGUUGAGUAUCAAAGGAACCCUUUUUGGUCUCUGCUUUCUUUUGCAAAUUAAAUCAAGAAAUAGGAAGAAUGUGUAGCAGCUCUCUAGAAGCCUUUUAAAAUUGACUUAAUCGCAUACAGCAUUCUAAAUAACAUUGUUUUCUGAAUGCUAUCUCUUUCCUAAGAAAGUCUUAAAAUUUACAUUUUUAAAAUUUAACUAUAUUGUCUACUUAAUGAAGAUGGCAGAAUUAAAUAUUAUUUGCCAGUUUCUAAAUACAUCUGCCAUCCAUUUUAAGUGUACUCAGCAAUUACAAUGCUAUCAUGUAAUUAUAAAAAUGUUACUAUCAGAUAAUAGAUUAAAAGAGAAUGCUUACAAUUAUGCUUUAUGCCAAAUUUUAAAGGGCUUUACCCUUCCUAUAUGCUUUUGCUGCUCAGUCAACAGUAGAACACAUGGAACUGCCAUAGAUAAAAGCAUUUAUAUGUUGGGGUGGGAGGGUAGGUGCAGUGGAGGAAGUAGAAAUAUAUUGUCUUGGUCCAUUAAGAUAUUCUGCCAUCCUAUGGAAUUUCCAAGAGUCCUUUCAUGUACAUCUUAGCCUCCAAGAGAGACAUUUUAGGCACUGAUAUUUCAUUUAGCACUGUGUUUGCUUUCUCUCGUGUGUGUAUAUAUACAUAGGGACAUUUUGUUUUUUACUUUUUAUCCUUUUCUAAAAAUCUAUUUACAUAUUUCAGAGUUGGCAUCCAUGACGACCCAGGUAACAAGUCAUAGUGAAUUCCAAAAGCAAACUUGAGUUGUUUUGGACUCAUUCAAGACGGCAGAAGGCAGGCUUCUGACCUGUGAGGAGAGUGAGUGGUGUGUGUGUAUAGAUGCAUUUUUGUAUUAAGCAGCCAAAGUUCUGGGGGAAGCCCAGUCUAGAUCAAAAUACUUUGGAGGUCUUUCUGAGACAUACUAGUUGGGAAACACUGUCCUAGUUGGUAGGAACUUAAAUCAGGUAACAGCUGAAACUGGUACACCAGAAGUAGCGAGGGAGUGAACAAAAUUAAUUUUUGGGUCACACCAAAAUAGUAGUUGAAUUACGUCUUGGCACAGAUUUGAGUACCUUGAGAGUACACCAACAGUUAAAAAAAAAUAUGAGGUAGACAUCCCAGAAAAAAUUCUCAAAAACCGUAUACGUUGAGACCCCACUAGAUGUCCUGUAAUACAAACUGUAAUGUGACUGACUGUUCUACAGACUGUGUCAUCUUCUCACUAAGUGAUUUUCACAUUCAGGAAAUUUAAGUCUCGGGUUGGCCAGCUUUAUCUUGCUCUUAGAUUGAUCUCUGCAGGAAGACUCCUGACAUUUUAAACUGUUCCUGACUUUAUAAGGCUGAUCAAUUUACCUGCUAUAGUAACUUGUUAGACCAGAGGUCAGCAAACUUUUCCUGUAAAGGGCAAGACAGUAUAACUAUUUUAGGCUUUGUGAGCCACAUGGACUCUGUUGUAACUACUCAAUUCUGUCCUUGUAGUACAGAAGCAACCACAGAUAAUAUAUAAAUUAAUGAGCUUGGCUAUGUUCUAAUAAAGCAUUAUGGACACUGAAAUUUAAAUAUAAUUUUCACAUCAUGAAAUAUUCUUCUUUUGAUUUUUUUUCCAAUUUUUUUAAAAUUUUAAAAUCACACUUAGCUCUUGGGCCAUAGGAAAACAGGCAAUGGGCCAUAGUUUGUCAACUCCUGUGCUAGACUAGUCUUGUUACAAGCUGGCUACUGACAGACAGUUUAGCGACUGUAACAGGGGCAAUACUACAACAUAUGAUAUGGAUUUUAUUUCUAACAUUAGUAUAAAGUUUUGGUCAUGAACCCAUGACUUGAUUGAGACAGCUACCACCACUACUUUUUGGAUUAAAAGCAUAGGUCAUACAUUUCAGUGCUGCUAUUAUGUUUUAUUGUAACUUUUAUUCUCACAGAGAACUGUGAAGCUGACAAUGAGGUGAAAUAUUUAAAUGCUGCCUCUGGUUACACAGUCACAACAUUCUCAUGCAGCGAAUAAAGACAGUCUCAAAUCAUCGAUUAUAGUGGGAGAGAUCUCUUCUAAUGUAGAAAGGGAACAUACCUUUUAAACAGGUAAAUAACGGGCAAUUUCAAACCAUGCUUUGGCUCCUAAAAAAGCCAUUUGGCUAAAUCAGGUCUAGUGCCAUUUCUUUCAACCUAUAUGCACAGAUGUGGUAAUCACAAGAAUUUGGAAAAUGUAAAUACAGCCCCUUCUUCAAAACCAGGAAAUAGCCGUUUCCUGGUUGUCUCUUUUCACAUUAGCACAACAUUCAGAAAAUUGUUCUGGAUCUUAGACUUUCACGUCCUGCAGAUAGAAUGGUAAUAAGCAGUGGAUCUGGUGUUUAAAAAGUUAACACAAAUAACUUGGCUGUUUCUAGCUGAAUAGAGCUUUAAGACUGAACACAACAGAUAACAGUUAAGCAUGGAACAUACAUUUCUUUUAAGCCUUCUAAUUUCAGUAAAUGGACUUACUAUAGAAAAAUACAUUUCUUCAUAUAGUAAUUUCAGAAAACCAAAUCUGAACAAUUCAAAAUAAACAGUAUCUGGUUAAGCCCUUAGGCUGAUGAUUGGCAGUGAAAUAGUCACGUGACACAAUUUUGUACGCUGCAAACAUUUUAAUGAUUAUUGUUGAGCAUACAUUUUGGAAAAUUUUUACUUCAAACUGCAACAAGUUAAAUAAAUGUUUAUAAUAUACAAAGAAAAUACAACCAAAAGAAAAACUUGCUUUAAGUGUGCCUUGCACCUAACCAGUGUUGUUGCUGAUGUUGGUUUUCCCCUUAAUAUAUCUUUAUUUUUGAGCUGCACAAACACACUUAAGAAUUUGAUCUUUAUAGUACGGUAUUUAGGAAAUAAAAAUAUACUCCCACCUUAAAGAAAUAAAAAGGUUGUGCAUGAUUAUAUGCCAAACAAAUGAGAGAACACUAGAAUACUCUGGUAGUGCAGGCAUCAUUAAACAGGAAAAGAAAAAGCUUGAGAUGCUCCUUAACGCUCUAUGUUUUAAGGAAGCAGAAUUUUUGACCAAGUAGCUUAAAAAGCCAGCAAAACAGGGAUCAGUGAUGGCAACUGUAGUGUAUGGAGUAGGAAAUGACAAACUUUACACAAAUACACUGUUAGAAAUUUACCAGUGAACACUGAAGAUCUGAGAAGCUGCUCUU